GAGGUUGGAACUCAGGUAUCGACUGUUGAAAUCAUCAAGGGAACAACGGAGUUACGGAGGGUGGAUUCCGUGAGUUGUUGUGACAAGUAAUGCAGUUGCUGAAUCUGCAUAACUCUCGAUCUCUGCGUCUUGCUGUAGUCUCGUUUCCGAUCCAAAAUUCCAGCCGACCCACAAGCUCGCAGUUCUUCGUUCCACUCGUUUGAAAAGUUAUUCUGCAGCCUGGCGUCCCAUGGCUCACCGCAAUGGACAAUGCACCGUCAGCCCUGUUGCUUAGCCAGCGUGCAAGUCCAAGCCACGUUCUUCUCAAUGUGAUGAGCUAUUCGGGGGAUCGGCGGUGCAAACUCUCUCCGCUGAUUCGUGAACGCGAUCGACGCCAAUGGACAUCCAAUGUCAAUCCACUGUGUCCCGCCACAACGACCAGCAAGGGCUGCGGGAAUGCCGGAACUCCCUGCUUCAUGAUAUCAUGGUGCUAACGGAUCUUGGAAGCCAAGAGCGCCCAGCGUGCUUUGAGUUGACAGAGAGUGGGCCGACUUUGGGAACGACGGGUCGCCAUUGGCGUCAAUCGAAGAUCCGUGGUCGACUUUGCUACUCCGUGAGAUUGAAGCCCCUUUGCCUUAAAUUUGGGCUGGGCUGCCCUUGUCAGACCUCGGUCUCUGUCCUGAGAACAAGACCGAUUUCUCUCUUGAGCAUUUAGCUCUCUCGCUCCAAGUGCGCGUGAGCAGCGUUUCGCGCAGCAAGAUGAAGACCACAACAACGCUUGCUUUGGCAGGCUUGCUUUCCAUUGCGGCAUCAAACCCUACCGACGCCAUCCGAGACGUAACUCCAGUGCAGCGAUCGUUUCCGAAUGCUCCGAACGGAUACGUGCCCGCCAAUGUUAGCUGCCCUGCCAAUCGCCCCGAAAUCCGUCUCGGUGCAACUCUUUCACAGAAUGAGACCUCAUGGCUCGAGACUCGUCGCGGGAAGACCGAAUCUGCUUUGAGAGAUUUCUUCGGCCAUGUCUCGAUCAACAACUUUGACGCCGUCGCGUAUCUUGACCGGGUUUCCAGCAACUCUUCCGAUCUGCCCAACAUUGGUAUUGCGGUCUCUGGUGGUGGAUACCGUGCUUUGAUGAACGGCGCUGGAGCGAUCAAGGCUUUCGACAACCGCACGGAGAACUCGACCAGCCAAGGGCAGCUCGGAGGUUUGCUGCAGUCGGCGACCUACCUUGCCGGUCUUAGCGGUGGUGGCUGGCUUGUCGGCUCUAUAUAUAUCAACAACUUCUCCACCAUUGACUCGCUGCAGACGUACGAUGAUGGAGAGGUGUGGCAGUUCCAAAACUCCAUCUUUGAAGGCCCUGAUGAGGGCGGUAUCCAGCUCUUUGAUUCGGUCGGCUAUUACAGAGAUAUCUACAAUGCGGUUCAGGACAAGGGAGAUGCUGGGUAUGAGACUUCAAUCACAGAUUAUUGGGGCCGUGCUCUCUCUUAUCAACUGAUCAAUGCCCCAAGCGGCGGCCCGAGCUUCACCUGGUCGUCCAUCGCUCUGUCCGAUGACUUCCAAGAUGCAAACAUGCCCCUGCCCAUUCUGGUUGCAGAUGGCCGUUUCCCUGACGAGCUUGUGGUCAGCAGCAAUGCCACAGUCUAUGAGUUUAACCCGUGGGAGUUUGGCAGCUUCGAUCCUACCAUUUUUGGAUUCGUACCAUUGGAGUACAUUGGCUCGCGCUUUGUCAAUGGAUCGCUCCCAAGAAACGAAAGCUGUGUUCGUGGCUUCGACAACGCCGGCUUUGUCAUGGGAACUUCGUCCAGUUUGUUCAACCAAUUCCUCCUUCAAGUCAACAACACCGGCUUGCCAGACUUCAUCAGAGAAGCCUUCUCGGGCAUUCUUGAGUCCAUUGGCGAGGACAACAACGACAUUGCCGUGUACUCACCCAAUCCGUUUUACGGCUGGCUGCCAGAGCUCUCCCCGUACGCCGACGAGCCGAUACUCGACGUCGUGGAUGGUGGUGAGGAUCUCCAGAACAUUCCUCUGCACCCGUUGAUCCAGCCCUCUCGUCAUGUCGACGUGAUCUUUGCCGUCGACUCCUCGGCUGAUACCAACCACAACUGGCCCAACGGCACCGCCAUGGUCGCCACGUACGAGCGUUCCCUAAACUCCACCGGAAUCGGUAACGGCACCGAAUUUCCCGCGGUCCCCGACGUCAACUCCUUCAUCAACCUGAACCUCACCCGCCGCCCUACUUUCUUCGGCUGCGACAGCUCCAACACCACCGCUCCCUUGGUCGUCUACCUCCCCAACAACCCGUACAGCUACAACUCCAACUUCUCAACCUUCGACCCCACCUACUCGGAAGAGCAGCGUGACGGAGCUAUCCAGAACGGCUACGACGUCGUGACCAUGGGCAACAGCACCGGAGACAGCAACUGGUCCGCGUGCGUUGGAUGCGCGAUCCUCUCGCGCUCCUUCGACCGGACUGGCGAGCAGGUUCCUGAGAUCUGCACUCAGUGCUUCGAUCGGUACUGCUGGGAUGGAACGACAAACAGCACCGACCCUGGAGAUGUCCAGCCAGCUUUGAUUUUGGAUACGCAGGAGAACGCGGCUGCUGGUGUUUUCCCGACGGUUUUGUCCACCGUUGUUGUUGCGAGUGUGGCUAUCUUCACGAUGGUUUAGGGCUUUUGAUGUUGGAUUACUCGACGUGAUAUACUUUUUCAUGUAUAUAUGGACUCCUAUUUCGGGGUCGACAUUUUGAUACUUAUAUUGGCAUCUUUUUAUAUGCUUACUGGUCAGAUACUUUCUUUGGUCACUUGACUCAUUCAAUUUUCCUUCCUUUACUUCUGCUCUCUUGAUGUGAAGGUCAAAUAGUGCAGCUUAUAUAAACCUCCAAAAUAUACCCAACCAUUGAAUAGUGCUCCUCAACAGGUCUUGCUACGCUAGAUAACCAGGCAAAUCUUAAACUAUAACAAUCUGGGCUAUAAAAGCUGACACCAGAUAAGUCAUGGUACCCAAAUAUAAAUUCGAUGGCACAGAUUACAAGGGAGUAGGGCUGGUCUCGAUACGUGGGGACAACAUGAGAGAAGUGGAUUGGACUGACAUGACAGUACUAUCUUCACUUCAAGAAGCUCCAGACUCAUAGAAACGAAUAUGGCCAGUAAUGAGCAAAAUCAACCAUAGCACGUUUCGAAACGGGAUUUUGGCGGAUAUUCUGUGCAUAUUUUAUGCUCCGAGGCCACACCACUUAUGCAAAUAAUGCCCCGCCUGCCCGUUGCCAUAGACAACCAUACACGUGACUGUCCGUAUCAGGCAACCCGCACGACAAACAGCACGA